AUGACAAAUCCACAAGAACAAGUAAAUGAAAUAACUUUACGGAGUGGAACAGUCUUGGAAGAGGUUGAACAAAAAGAGAAGGAUGAGAACCCACUAAGUAAAGUGAAGGAAGAAUCCGAUGAAGAAAUCGAGGAAGAAGUCAUGGUUAAAGAGAAGCCAACGAGUCCCAAAGAAGAAGGACAAAAGAGGGAAAAGAUGCCAAAGCAAAGGAAGGAAAAAUUGUCAUUUCCUGAGAUACCAUUGGAGUUGGCACAUCAUACUCCUCGUAUGCCUUUUCCUCAGAGAUGCAUUGCAGCAGAUGCUGAGCUAUGCCAAGUUCCUCAAGGAAAUUCUGGCAAUAAAAGAAAGUUGGAAGAAAGGGAAAUAAUGAUGCUUACAGAGGAGUGCAGUGCCAUUUUAAAGAAGAAGCUGCCACAAAAACUCAAGGUUCCAAUAGAUCCAUCAAACAUCCAAGGGGACAUUAUUGAAGAUGUACUGGUGAAGGUGGAUAAAUUCAUUUUUCUGGUAGACUUUUUUGUGUUGGAUAUGGAAGAAGAUAAAGAGAUUCCUCUCAUCUUGGGAUGA